AUGACGUCAUGUCGGCAUUUGACGCAGCGGCGCCAAUCACGUUCGUUUAUCAUACCGCGGCAAUUCAGUGUGAGGAAGCAGUGGGGAAUCAGGAGACAGAUGAGCAACAGGUCGGUUUUUAUCCAUUUUCGCUGGUUCUUCACUAAUACAAACGGACAACCUUAUGUAACAAACUUUAUUGAACUCAUAGGAGCCCGUUACUAGUCUGUGGUGAUUUGAGGAGCCCCCUCAAAUGUGAAGAUUGAACUGUAAACUGGUGAGCAGAAUUGUUUGUCUUGAUAGCUUAGCCACCUCCAUUCAGAUGAAUGGAUGGUGUUAGCUGGAUGAUGCCAAUGCCUAACUCUAAAAUGUAACGGUGAUUGCUAAUAUUUAACAUUGAUUCCUGAAUCGAAUGUAUUGAAUGAAAUGAGUAUUUAAUAUAAAUGCUGUAAAUUUUAUUUAUUUGGACUAACGGCAAGUGCUAUGUACUUACUGUGGAUUAUGAUGAUUAUGUUGAGAUUGAAUUGAACUGCAGUACUUUGAUUGAAAAGACAAAUGUAUACACUGAAAUUCGAGCAAUGUAUAUUGAUUGUGACAUUGUGAUUUACUUGAACCCUGGCUUUACAGGCCAGGUUCUCAGAUUUUAGAUGUCGAGCUAAAAGGAAGUGACCUACAGACCCAGGAAGCCCACAUCUCUCCUGCCAGGCUGGUAGGGGCUUCUUGUAGCCGCAACACUCUCACUCCACUGUACAGCCCAUCAAUCCAGACACACACACACACACACACACUCCACCCAACAUUUUCCCUUUUCCUCCAAUCCUCUGGACUCACACCUUUCCACCCAGACGUGGGUUUUUGUGUUGCGAGGAACUGUUGGUGGCCAAGUGCCCAUUACUUAUUUGGUCAUCGUGUUGUUUGACUAACUGAUUGAACUGAUUUACAUUGUCUGACUUCACUGAUUUAUUGCACUGUACUUCUGUUAUCAUUUCCAUGUUAUGUAUGUCCUUGUAUGUCACUGUAAAUAAUUGCACUGUGGUUAUUAGUCAUCUGCUUGCUUUAAUAUAUGGUACCAUUUCAAAAGCAACACUCAGUCUCGUGUCCACUCCUUCCCUGAGCGUUCUCUAUUUUUUCUGGUCAAAAGCCCAAUAUUAUACAUCAAACCAUAUUUAAAUCCACUAAAUUGUGUCAGCACAAGUGCUACAUGUAUUUAAACCAAGUCUUCAAAUGCUGCUGUCUUGUCUGGGUCAGACAUCAUUUUAUAUGGACUGUGGGGAAGCGGUGAUAAAUAAAAAUUUGCAAUUGUGAUUUCUAAUGCCUCACCUUCCAUGUUUGUCUGGCUUGUUAUUGGUGCACAGUUUGGACGCUGGGAUCUGUGA